AUGGGUAUUGUGCGAUCCUUGGCCCUUUAUGGGGCCCCAAUUUGGGCAGACUCUUUGUCAAAUCGAGAUAUUAUUCUCUUGAGGAAGCCGCAGAGAACUUUAGCUAUCAGAAUUACUCGUUCAUACCGGACAGUUUCUUUUGAUGCAGCGUAUCUUCUUGCUGGAUCAUUGCCAUGGGAUCUAGAUGCAAGAGCUUUAUCGUCAUUAUUUCAUUGGGAAGAAGAGGUGAUUAAGAAUAGAGGCUUUCGUCUGGCUCUAAUUGAGAUGAACAGGGAAAAGGAUAAUUUGCGGAGAGAAGCUUUAGAAAUUUGGUCUGAGAGGUUGACGAAUGUUGAUUUUGGAUUAAGAACGGUUUCUGCGAUUAUGCCGGUUUUUGAUGCUUGGUUGACAAGGUGCCAUGGCUUUUUAUCUUUUCGUUUGGUGCAGGUGAUGACUGGGCAUGGUUCCUUUGGUAGGUACUUGUGUCGUAUUGGUAAAAGGCCUAAUGCGGCAUGCUACCAUUGCAGUAGUAAUGACGAUUCUUCGGAGCAUACAUUGGAAGCUUGUCCUGCUUGGUCUGUUGAACGCAAUGCUCUUUGUGCAGUUGUUGGCGGAGACCUCUCCUUACCGGCUGUUGUUCAUGCAAUGACUCAAAGUGAAAGACAAUGGAAGGCGAUGCUCGCUUUCUGUGAUACUGAGAUGUUGCAGAAAGAGAGAUUUAAACGUAUCGCUGCUAAUUGUAGUCGUCUAUUUGAUGGGGUCCAGUGCAGACCAGCUGCUGAAGCGGGCACCAACAUCACUCUGAGUUGUCCCAGCUAUGUCUUAUCCUUUGAUCCAACCAGAACCACUCAAAUCGCUUGCACGGACAGCGGAAUCUGGGCAGACGGCGGUGAAUCACCAGAUUACAGCAAGUGCUAUGACGACAAUUCAAAAUUGACAAACUUGACGACGGCGGGAUGGAUAAAUAUUGCCGGUCACGGUGUUUACACUAUCUUUACGCUGAUCACCUUGUUGACUAUCUUUUGCAAUUGACACAACAUGAGUCGCGGUCAAAAAUGGGUGCUCGUCAACCAGAAGAUAGCAGUUCUCUGCGGAAACGUUUCUUCCAUUGUUUGGUCUUUCAUGACCCUUGACAGCGAUGAUGUGCUGUUGCAGAACUUAGUGACAUGUCAAAUACUGCAUGUAUUGAAAAACUUUUUCGCCAUGGCCAAGUUUAAUGGGAUUUUUUCUGAGGCGAUAUAUAUCUACGACUCGUUCAAAAAUGCAACAUCCAGAUUCAACAACAACGUGCGCUGGUUCUUGUUCUUGGAUUGGGUCGUUCCUGCCAUCGUUAUGCUAUUCUACGUCGCUGUGCGCGUCUUUUACGAUCAGUCUACGUAUUUCUGCUGGGUCAAGGACAGCAACGCAACAAUUCUUAUAAAUAUGGCUAUUUACGGAGCCGUCGUAAUGUCGUUGGGUCUUUUCGGAAGAGUCAUCAUAAUGUCGCUCGGAACUUCUCUUAACGAAGGACACCAACGUCUUGUUAGAGGGGCGAAAGCGAAUCUCUUCACAACCUUGCUGGGGGCCUCUCAGUAUCAAGUUAUGUUCAGUGCCGCUUCAAAGGUGAGAAUUAGCGCAGCCCACAAAAUUGCAAACGCAGUUAUAAACAUUUUGCAGGGCCCGAUAGCGUUAGUAAAGUUCGUGUUUAUUAGGAGGGAAAAUUUGCGAGCUUUCCCCUACUGUCUCUUCCCUCGGCCGACCGCGCAACCACUGGAACUACAUAAAGGGAACGGUGGGGCACAAAGCUUCUCGGGCCCGCCAUCACGAUCUAAUUCACAUUCAAGUGGGGAUGUCGCUGGUGCUAGUCUCAACGUGAAUGAAUGUCUAUCCAGGGAAUUAACAGUCCACGAUAGUAUAGAACAACAGUCGAAGAACCAGAGUAAUGUGUAG